CCAUGUGCUUCCUCCUCCUCCUCUUCCCACGUGCCUUUCGCUUUGUAUCUCCUCCCCCCCUCCCGGUGUGGCUGUGUCAGGAUUCGCUUUUCUUUCGGUUUCCUUUCUUCCCAGCCAUCGCAGCCGGUUUUAGGCGACGAUGGAGCUGUUUUUGAUGCGGACGGAAGACGGCCAGGCAAGUGAGGAAGAGGAGGAGGAGGAGGAGGAGGAAGGCUUUUGGGAGUACGACUCUACCUGGGAAGACGGCGACGACGACGACGAGGAGAAGAAAGAAGGGGAUGGAGAGCAGCUGGAGGAAGAGCAGGAAAAGAAGGGAGCGGAGGCGGCUCCAGCCUCAGCAAAUACAGAGGAGGCUGGAAAUCAAGAGAAGCCCCAGCCACCUGGGUGCUGGCGGCCGUCCAACGCCAGGUGGGCCCGAGGUAGCCAGGCUCAUCAAAGGCGAAAUUUCCCCCUGAAUUCUAGAAGAUAUAAGAGCACAAAUGGACGCAACUGGAUGGCAGCGAGAGAUAUGCAGAGAUACAGGCGGCAUUAUCCAGAUUUGGAAGAAACAGACACUGACAUCCAAGAGGAGGAAAUGUGGAAUCUGAGCUUUUACAAAAAUGAAAUUCAGUUUAUGCCUCACGGUCUCUUUAUUGAAGAACUCCUUAAGAAGUGGCAGAAUGACUAUGCAACUCUGGAAGAAAACCAUUCGUAUAUUCAGUGGUUGUUUCCUUUGCGUGAGCAGGGGAUGAACUGGCGGGCACGGCUUCUGACGCGCGCAGAGAUCCAGGCCUUCAGAAAAUCAAAGCAAGUCAUGAGGAGGUUCAUCCAGGCUUACAAGCUCAUGCUGGGAUUUUAUGGCAUUGAGAUGAUUGAUGAGGAAACAGGAGAACUGAGAAGAGCGGAGAAUUGGUCCGAGAGGUUCCAGAACCUCAACCGGUAUAACCAUAAUAAUUUAAGGAUCACUCGUAUCUUGAAAUGCCUGGGAGAGAUGGGGUAUGAACACUAUCAAGUGCACCUGGUGAAGUUCUUUUUGAGGGAGACCCUGGUUCAUCAGAAGCUCCCUCGGGUAUUGCAGAGUGCCUUGGAUUACUUCAUGUUCACCGUCCGAAAUAGGCGGCAGCGGCGGGAGCUAGUUCACUUUGCAUGGCAGCACUUUGAACCGAAGCACGAAUUUGUCUGGGGCCCUCGCAAGAGACUCCUGAAAUUCAGGCCUCUGUCCUUGGAGCUCCCAGCCAGCCAGAGACCCGAGGAAGAGCAAGAGGCUGCUAGAGAUGGAGACGCUGUGAGAGAAGAUGAAACUGCGCCUCCAAAUCAGACUUGCACAACUGGCCAUGCUGCUGGUGAUCUGACUGUGCCUGUUGCCAAAGCUAGUACCAAGCCGGAUGUUCCAUCCAAUGACCCUGUGCCAGACAAAGCUAAUGAGAUAGAAACUACCUCCACAAAAGAAGGUGACGGAGAACAGGCUAAUGACGAUACAGAACCCCAGAUGGGGCCUGCGACCAAACCUGAGGCUUCAGAAAUGGCACACAAGUCCAGCAGUCUUGUGCCAGCCGCAAAAGACAAGACAGAGGAGGGUGGCAAUCGAGAAAGCACGCCUGCUUUGUCUCUCCAGUUGGAAAGAGAAGGUCUUGCAGGUGAGUCUGGGAAUGAAGACAGCGAAAGUCUGAAGGAAUCCAAGAAGAGGAAGCUUGAAAUGAUCCGGUUAAGUGGGGAAAGUUUUGGAUUGCAAAGCCCCACUGACAUCGAGAAGAUCUCCUUUAACCUUGAAGAAGUUGUGAUUGAUAAGGAAAGUCCAUGCAGUCUUCUGCUUGCAGAGGAGAAAGCGAAACUGCUGGCAGUUGAAGGAGACGACGGGGGCAGUAUAGAUAUAAAGGAGGCUGAGCCGCGUGAUGCAAUGAUAAAAAGACGCAAAGUCGAUAAGAUGGCACCUAAUGAUGAUGCCUCGGAAAUGACAGCAAAGGUGGACACGAGCCUGGACUCUUUCCAAGGCCAGAUAGUAAGUUGCACAGUUCCUAGCACCAAGGGGACUGACCAGAGCUGCCAAGAUAAAAUGAAAACAAUCAAUGGUUCUUCUAUAGAAACACUGCCUGAAUGCAGAAUAGUAGAUGUGGAUUUAUUGGUUAAUUCCAAGACUACUACUGAGCCUGGGCUUCCAUCAGAUUGCUCUGUUCCAGUCCAAGGGACUGAGCAAGAGACUACCUCCACAAUAGAAGGUGAGGAAUUGGAAUCUAGGGAAAUUCUUUCAGCCGGUAAAAAGGAGGAGGAGGGAGGUGGUAGUGCAGAACCGGAAGGAGGAGAGGCAGGAAAACAGGUAGAGGAGGAGGCAGAUAUGAAUAAAGCACUAAAAGCAGCAGAGAGUAAAAACCCUGCAGGAAAGCCAGAAGAAGGAGGGUUGGAUCUCAAAUAAGGUGAGACUAUUCUGCUGCUUCUAAAAGAAGGUAAUAGGACAGACCUUCUCAUGAGUAGUUCAGAACCGCUCCAGUCCAUUGCCUGCCUGUGCGUGUGUGUGCAUGUGUGACUUUUUAGGAGUGGUUAGUCUUUGUUUUUUUAAUAAGAGUUUGUCGCAGAUGAGAUCCCAAGGUGGUUAUCUUUAUUGGUGCGGAAAGGAUUCAGGAUGGGUAAUACUCCCAAUCUAAGUUGGUGACUUGCAUUUUCUUGAUGAUUUGAGUUUUUUAAAGGAAGGAAUUUCCAUGCUUUUCUCUUUGAAUGAUUCCAGACAGCUCUGGUUAAGAGACAUGAGGGCAGGGGGGAGGUGUUUGGGUUUUUUUGGUUUUGUUGUUUUUUUAGCAAUGAAAGUUUUAUGAAUUAAGCCACUUUGUGGGCGUCUUUUUCCAGUGUUUUCCCCAAAAGAAUCUAUUGUUAAAUUAACCUUGUUUUACUGUAAUAAAUAAAAGACUUAACUUUUGGAUGCAAA